AUUAUAUUAACAAUCAUCAUAUUAUCAAAAAUUUUUAUAUCUUCAUUAAUUUCAAUAAUUUUAACAAUUUAUUUAAAUAACAUCUUUAAUAGACCUUCCAUAUUACUAAUUUAUUUAAUUUCUUACUCUAUUUAUAUAUCCUUAAUAAUAUUUACCAUAUGUUCAAUAAAUUCACUAUUAAUUUUAAUAAUUUUAAUUGUUUUUUUAAGAGGAAUAUUAAUUAUAUUUUCUUAUUUUAUUUCAUUAAUCAAUGAACCAUUAAAAUUAAAAAUAAAGCCUUUUAUUCAAACUUUAUUUUUAAUUAUUAUUACAAUAAAAAUCUAUAAUAAAUUAAGACAAAAUGAACAUUACUUUAAUUAUUUUAAGAAUAUUGAUUUAAUAUAUCUAUAUAUAAAAAUAAAUUCAACACUAUUUUUUAUUAUAAUUUUAAUAUUAAUUAUUACCCUAAUUUUAAUAACAAAGAUUACAUAUAUUGAAAAAAAAACUCUACGUAAAAAAAAAUAA